GGCAAGGAAGGGCACCGUCUUUAAUAUGUGUCCGCAAAGUUCUGGGUAGUUUACUUUUUUGCCUAUUCAGUCGGAAUACAUUUGCAACGCCGGUGGUGAAGCCUAUAUACUGGACGACAUACUCGUCGAGUUCCAAGUUGUCAAAUGGGGUGGGGAUAGGCCUCUACUGCGAGGUGGUAAUGCCUUUCCGCAUUGCGUUGUUGUUACUUUUCGCUCUUGCGGCGACAAAUCUGCCAGCGGAGCUUCAGGCUGAAGCAGCAGAUACAGAUACAAAUGACUCCUUUCGCGCACAGCUGGUGAACGAUUGUUUUCUGGCUGGAGCUCAUGCAAGUUGCACAAAUAAUACGUUUGCAACGCUGCUGGAGGAAUGCCUGGAUGACAACUACAGCAAUGCGAAUUACACCGUCCGCUUCCUGCUUGGGCCCCUGCAAGGCGUAGCCGACGUGCUGCAGCAGCGGCUACCCGUACCAGCAGGGGAGCCCGGGGUAGCAUGGUACGUGCAGCUCCUUCCGGACUGGGACUUGUCCCUCACGCAGCUGGCGCGCGGUCACACAAACUAUUACCAUGGCCUGGUCAUUGACCCGGUCCUUGUGCCGGAUAUGAUGGCCUCGGGCGCGCUGCUGGAUCUCCAGCCGUACAUCACGACAGAUUCCUGGACUGGCAGUUGGCUCGGGAACCUUGCCGUGCUGCGGGCGCGCCUGGCCGCAGCAGACGCCACGGGCAGCGGCUCCAUCUACGCGCUUCCGUUGGGUGCCGCAGCCAUCACACUGCACUAUCGCAGUGACGUGCUUGCGGCGCAUGGGCUUGCCGUACCGCGCACCUGGGACCAGCUGCUGUACGCCGUACAGGCGGUACAUGGCAGGCCGCAGGGGCCGAAUGCGCAGCAGGACUCGAACUUUUACGGCUUCUGCACGCUGCCCUUUCCAGAUUGCCAUGCGGACUCGUACGAGCUUAUGGCGGUGUGGGCCAGCUUCAUUCAGACGCAGGGCAUCCAGCAGGGGGCCUUUUUCGAGCCAACCACGCUCAACCCACUUAUUCACAACAUGGGCACAGCCGCCGCCAUGCUCUACUACCGCGCGCUUUCCGCCUUCAGCCCGCCCCACGGCCUCGCCACCAAUGCCUCAGCUUGCAACAGCAACUACGGAACCGCGGACCCGCUGUACCAGCAAGGCCGCUGCGCCUUCCAAAUCGCACCCCAGCCUGUGCUGAAGGAGCAUGUGUUGCUGUCAGCUUCGCCUGCCGUACGACGCUACUCGCGCAGCGCGCACCUGCCCGGCUCCACAGUGGUCUUUGACCGCCAGACGAAUACCCUAGUGCCCUGCACGUACGAGACGUGUCCGUACGCAACUGCCGUACAGGCAUGGCCUGGGGACGCGGCGCGUCAGGCAGCCGUGCUUGGGACCACCUACAGUAGCGGUAGCAGCAGCAGCGAAGGAGGAGGAGAGGGCGUUGUGCUUGCUAACAUGGCGCCUUUGCUGGGAAUGAGCCCGCUGGUUGUGGGGGUGAACAGCUUCAUUCCCCGCAUGCAUCAAGCGCACUCGGUGCGGUGGGUAAGGCGGCUCACGGAUACCGAACUGGUCUGGGACCUGGUGGUGGCCCCCGGAUCGCCGCUGGCGCCUUUCCGCUACGAGCACUUUGCACCCUCGAACAGGUAUCGUUGGGCAGCGGCUGGGUACGACGAUGCCGCCAUUGGAUCCUACCUGGAUCUGUCGUACGAAAUCCUCAUGCAUGGCAACCUGCUGAGCUUCCCAGAGGCGCUACAACGCUUCAUCCAGUACCGUGCGGCGCUGCAUUACGCGGCCUACAAUCUCACGGUCUCGGAUGAGUCCGUAGAACUCAUCAUGGACCAUCUUAUGGCCCUCAUCUGGCCCUACUUCAACCCGUCGGUGCCGGGCUUCACCACGCUGCGCAAGCAGUACCUGCUUUCCAUCGGCAGGGGCGACUUGCUGGCGGCCCCAGCGCCGCCGCCACCGCCGCCGCCGCCUGUGCUGCGGUUCACGGUGGGCCCUGUGCAGCGAGAUGACGGCGUGGCGCAGCCCAGCGCGGGGUCGACAGCGGGGGCGGCAGUGGGCUGCCUGGCCGCGGCGGUGCUGGUGGUGCUGGGGGCGUUCCUGUACAGGAGGCUGAUGGUGGCAGGCGGCUGGAGGCGCAGCAAGGACCCGUGUGUGGGGCCUAGGACUACACUGGUUGUCACGGACAUCGAGGCAUCCACUGUCCUCUGGGAGGAGCUGGAUGCGCUCGUCAUGGACACGGCGCUGAGUUUGCACCAUGAUACCAUCCGCAAGGUCAUCGCGUAUUGGUCCGGAUACGAGUCCGUGACGGAGGGCGACUCAUUCACCGUGGCAUUUCACACGCCAGACGCAGCGGUGGGCUUCGCGCUGCAGAUCCAGUCCGUGCUGAUGGAGCAGCCCUGGCCCGAGGAGGUGCUGCUGCAUGACGCAUGCAGGCCCGUUUACGUCAUUGGCACAAAGCGUCUGCGCCGCCUGGCCGCGAAGGCCGCUGCCAAGGCCGGCGUGUCACUGGACGAGGCCCUGGAGGCUGAGUCAGGUGCCAUUGCCACCUCGGGAACAUCGGUCCCUGGGAACGGCCACAGCCACGGACAUGGCUUUUCACCGCAGCCACGCACCUUUAGUCGCGGGGCGCGUCGCCUGGACAUGCUAUCAGGGUUGUCCAUCCCGGGUGGCCGUCGCAGCAUGUCCUUCUUACAACGACCAUCCCCCGUAUCCACAGCGGCGUCUCCUGUGGCGUUUGGGACAGUCCGCGGCGGCAGCCUUUUCGCCGGGAUUUUGGCGGCAGGCGGUGGUGUCUUUGGCGGCGGCGGCGGCAGCGGCAACCUUAGUAGUGGGGUAGCAGCGGGUGUUGUGAGGAGCGGCGGCGGCGGAGUAUCAGCGGGCGCGCAGGCGAAUGCCGGCGGCGGCGGCGGCGGUGGCGGCGGUGGGGAUGGCGGCGACAGUGGGCCGCUAGAAGCGGCGGUGUCAGUGCGCUCAGCCGCUGGCGGGCAACGCCAUGAACGGAGCUCCUUGGAGCCCUUCCUGCCGGUCAGCGGACCCAUUCAGAAGGCCCGUUCGGUGGGUGCUGCCACUGUCACUGCCACUACAGCCACGGAUGGAGGCCCUACAACUGCUGCUACCACCAUCCCCGCCGGCGGCAGCCGCUCACGGCCGCCCGUGCUAGGGAGCGACAGUCUGGGACCCGACGCCAGCGACACCCCCGUGUCAAGUGGCCCAGAACAAGAGGCGCCGGUGGCGCCGCCGCCGCCCCGGGUCGCCGGGCUGCUGGCCGCCGCCACCAGCCUAGGGGCCUCCCAGCCACAGUCCAGAUCCGCGCACUCGCUGCGGUCCGUACAGCACCUGCAGAUCUCCUCUGUGCCUGAAGAGCCGCCGCCGGCGUCGUUGCAGGUGGUUCGCCGUACACGCAGUACGACGGUGGUCAGCAAUGCUGCUGCCUUGGUGCAGGAGGCGGAGGCGGCCGGAUGCGGGCCCGGGCAGAUGGGGCCGGCGACUGCAGCGGCUAUCCUCCAGCAACAGUCCAGUCGCUGUGCAGUCGCGUCGCUGGCGUUACUGCCACUGGGCGCCGGCGCCGAGGAUGCGUCGGCGGACGACGCUCCGCCGCCGCCGCCGUCGCCGUCACAGCCGACGCUAACGAACCCCGUCCAUGCCGCGGCCUCGUUUCCUAACAACUUUGUGCACAACUCCUUCCGUCGGCAGCGGCAGCACACCACUGGCACGGCCGUCGUUGAUGAGGGCUGCACCGGCGGCGGUGUCGGUGCUGCGACAAGCACUCAGCAGGCCCGGAGUCUUCGGGGAUGGCGCUCGUGGACGAGCAUCCUCAGACGCAUGCAAAGGAGCUUCCGCUACGCCUCCUCGAUAACCGGGACCAGCCCUUCCGGCAUUCGGGCGAUUGGCAUGGGCGGCAGUGGCGUCGAUGGCAUGGAGGGCGGUAUCAGCGGCGGGCUCAGCGGCGGUGGCGGAAGCUUCGGCGGCGGGAGUUUCCGCCUGGGUGCCGGCGUCUUCGGCGACAGUGGCUACAACAAUGCGGCCGCGGCGGCUGCCGUCGCUGCCGCCGCCGCGGCCGUCACCGCCGCCACCUCCGCGCCACAUGGACUGGGGCUAUACGCAUUCCAUGCAACCUCAACCCCGGCGCCCCAGGCCGACGGCUUUGAGCUUACCGGCCGCAUGGCCAGCUGGGGGACGGAGAGCCGCUCCAGUUCCCAUUCCCACGGCACCACCAACAGCAACGGCACGCACGGGACGUCCGUGUACAGCACCCUCAUGCUGCAGCCCAGCCGACGCAAGCGCCGUGGUGGAGGCAACAGCAAGCAGCUGUACCAGUCACCUGCCACGUACGGCUCGGAGCUCAAGUCAAAGUGGGUGGAGCUGCCUGCGAGCAUGUCCCCUGAGCAUGCUGGGGCGGACGCCAUACUCGUUUUCCGAGGCUUCAGGGUCCGCUGCGGCAUGCACAGCGGCGUGCGGCUGGCAGCCGAAGUCAACCGCCAGCACCCCUCAGGCCGCACCCGCUACAGCGGCCAGCCGCUGCUGUGCGCCAAAGCUGUCUCAGACGCGGCUCACGGCGGCAUGGUGUUUGCCUCCAGGCACACGGUAGCCCUGUGCGGCCCGCAGUUCCUGGCGAGCCGCGCGGUGCUGUGGCGUGUGGGGGACUAUGUGCUGGGGGCGCCCCGGCUGCCCGCCACGUUGUUCCAGCUGUCGAGCCCGGGACUGGUGCUACGUGCGGUGCUGCAGCGGCCGCUGAACAGGACCUACGCGCCGCUUGGAUUGGGUGUGCUGGAUGCGCCCCUGAGUGUCGUGGCCUGUGGCGCGGUCAAGCUGGCCCCCCGAGGCCUGCUGCACACUGCGCCCCCGGCUGUAAGCAUGGAGAUGUCCUCCGUGUUCCAGGCGCUGGCCUACCAGUACGCCCGCUUGUACGGCGGCUACAUGUCUCAACUGGACGUCGGAAGGGCCCUGUGCAUCUUCUCGGACGCCUACCGCGCUGCGUUAUGGGCAGCACAGGUGUAUGCGGGCAUGUCGAACCACCCCUGGAGCAAUGCGGUGCUGACCUGCGAGCAAUGCGAAUGGCGAGGCUUCGCGGAAUGCGACUUCCCCGUCGCUCCUGGCCCUCGCGUCAAGGGUGUCGUGCACUGGGGUCCUGUCGCCAGCAUGAUACACCCCCUCACCGGCCAGUUGUCGUAUGAAGGCGCAACCGUUGACGAAACCAUGCGGUUGAUCCACGGCAUGGCAACCACCGGCGUGGUCGUGACACCCGAAGCGGCGGCGUCGCUCCGUCGCUACAUGCCCGCCGACGGCAACAAGGCCGCCGCCGCCGCCGUGGCGGCGCGCAGCGGCAGCACCAACAGCCAAAGCGCGCAUCCUUCAGCGUCCCAUCGUACGGCGUCGAAAACGCGUACGGAGGUCGACGGUGGCGUCGGCGGCGACUUCACGGGUAGCGGCAGCCAGCGCAGCAGCGCGGCGGCAUGGCAGGACUCGGCUGGACGGCUGCAUCAUCAGCUACAUUUCGCACAACAGCACGAGCCGUUACCGCAACGCUCCAGAUCCUCCGUGGACUCCGUGUUUGCAGCGGUCAUGGCGCGGGAGGCGGCCGCCGGCGGGAGUGGUGGCGGCGGCGGCGUCCCCGGCGGGUACCGGAACAUUGGCGGCGGCGGUGGCGCACCUGCCAUCGCCCAUCGCCGCGCAUCGGGCCCUGUCUUUGAGGGGACACCGCUGCUCGCCCCAGCCCGGGCUAGUACCACCACGGGGAUUCACACCACCACAAGCAACAUGACAACAACCAGGAGUGGCAGUUUCGCUGUUGCCGCCUCCGUUACCACUGGCGGCGGCGUGGUUGCUAGUCCUGUCCGGCGGCGCGAGGAGCUGCUGCUGGCGGGUACGAAGCGGGGACCGCUGCCGCGUGCAGCUUCCCCUGCCAUUCCCACUACGGAUUCCGCCGGCAACUCCUCCGGUACAGACGGCACGGAUGGCGGCGCCGUUGGCAGCCGCUGCGGCAGCCGCUACGACGUCUACAGAGCGGACAGCGUCGGCGCUGGCCUUAGCGGCAGGUCUGUGGGUGCCGCUGCCGCCGGCGCGCUUUCUUCCACGGCGCCGGGAGCACAGGCGUCACCAAGUUCCUUUUCCUUGAACUUUGACCUGGCGGCAGCAGUUGCUCAAGCCUGCACCUCGACCGCCUCCAGCGGCAUUGGCGACGGCGUAACGCCAAGCAUCAGCCGAGCCGAGCUGGUCAGUGCCGUACACGGCGGCGCGAGCGGUCUACCGGCAGCCCGCGGCGGCGACUCGCUCUUGCUGCUGCUUUCCACAUCGGGCGAACUAACGUUGCCAGCAUCUGCGGCAGCUUCGGGCGCCGUGCCAAACACGUCGACACAUGCGCUGCUGGCGGCGGCAGCGGCAGCGGCACAAGCGGCCGCGAGCAAUGCUGCAGCAGCAGGCAGCGCUACCGCCGCCGCAGGGGCGCCGAACGCGGUGCAAGAGCGCUUGCUAGGGUGGGUGCAAAGCCAGGUUGGUGGCAGCGGCGGUAAACGCGGAGCAGAGACGGCUGGGGCAAUGGCUGCAAAAGGCGCUGCAGCGCAUGUGGGGGCAGGUGUCAUCGGGCAUGGUGGCGGCACGGCGGCAGCACAACCGGCCAUGCCACGUGCUGCGGAGCUGUCGCUUUCAGGUGUGACACAUGUGAAUGCCGAGGUUGCGGCUGGAGGCAUAUCCGAGACGGCUGCGGCAAGUGGAGCACCCCCUGCUCGCGGCUCCGAAACCAGCGGGCGCCAAACCGGUGACUUCGAGUUGUCCGCCGUACUUCCAUCCGGGCCGGUGCCGACGGCGACAGCAGCCGUAGCAUGCAGUGAGGGCCCACGCAGCACUGCCGGCAUCCCGUUUUCCGAGGAUUCACAUGAGCCAUGCGUCAUGCAAGCCAGCACCCCCAUCUCCGCCACCGCUGCAGCUGCCGCUACCGCUGCCACCCCGCCGGCCCCUCCGCCGCUACAGCAGCACCCCCUGCCGGCCGAUCGGCGGCUAAGAUCCCAGCAAAGCGCGCGUGUUGGUCCAGGAUCUCCGGGCUCUUCAUUUGCUCACGGCGGAGGCAUUGUUGCCGGCGGCGGCGCUGGCGGAGGCGACCUUGACGUUGCCAUGCUUCGCCGGGGUAAUCUGUCGUUCACGUACGGUCAGCGGGGAAGCUCCAUGGCCAGGCCCAGGCUUCAAGACCUGCUGGCGGUGAGCCCCUACCCCGCAGCCUCCUUCGCACAGGCUGGCGGCGGCGGCGUUGACGCCGCCGCCGCCGUCACGCAACAUGCUUCCGCCGCAGACAAGAGAGCUGCCGCCUUUGAUGGCGGUGCAGCCGCCGGCAGCGGCGGGGGCGUGGGAGGUGCCGCCGGCAGGAGCAGUGUCGGUGCGGAAGACGCGGGACAGUCGUCGGGGGCUGCUGUAUCAGCUAGGCCGCCCUCGUCGGGGCUACCGUCGCCGCCAACCCGCGUCAACGGCGGCGGGGGCGGCUCCAUGUCCAUCGAGUCCAUCAUCCGCGGCGGUCCAAGCGACCGUAUCAGUCGCUCCUUUACCUUCACAGCCACUCACCGCCGCUCGCCGCUAGCGGUUUCAUCGUACGCCGGGGACCCCGAGCUGGGAGUCGGCGGCGGCGGUGGCAUAAGCGGCAGCGGCAACGCUGUCGCCUGGCAGCGCCCUGCGUCGGGCUUGUCGCGGGUGUUUUACGGCGCUGCUUCAGGUGUCCGACCGGACGCGGCGUCUGCCGCCGUCGCCGCCCCCGCCGCUGCUACUGCCGUGUCGGCUGCACCGCAAGAGACCAGACAUGGACGCCCACCGCGCGCGUCCAUGUCGUCUGCGAACCUCGUGCCUCGCUCCUCACGUCGAGACUCAGCGGGGACACCGCAGCCUUCCUCGCACCUCGCACUGAGCUUCCGAGCGCGGCGGGGAUCCCAGCAGACUCUCCAGAGCUACCAACAGCAGCAACAACACCAACAGCAGCAGCAGCAGCAGCUGUGGAGCCAGAACCAGCAGCACCACAACCUGCAGGUGAUGAGUCCAUUCGAUGUUUCUUCAACCAUAUCCACACGCUACUCCGCAGCAACCGCCCCCGGUCAUGUCGCUGGCGGCCCAUCAGUAGCAGCAGCUGCGGCGGCGGCGGCAGCGGCAGCGGGCCCAAACGCCGUGACCGUCUCUGGUUGCGGCGGCAGCGGCGCACCGGGCGCUGCUGCAACGGGCGAGUUCGCUCACAGCAGCAACAGCACCGGCAACCUCCACGUAUCCAUGACUGCCUCCGUGCAAAUGGGGAUGAGCACGGGUGAACUGCGAGGUUUCGGCGCCGACUGCUGCCCUAGCAGAACGUCGCUUGCCUCAGCCACGCACGGCAUCAUAGACCCCACGCACACCGCCACUGCCGGCUCCAUUGCGGCGGCGGCGCAGCAGGGCAGCUCUGGCGGCGGCUCCGGCGGCCACCACAGCGGCAGCGGCCUCUUCGCCCGAGUGCGCAGUGGCAUGGCUCGUUCACGCUCUCGCAUCUGUCUGGGCACCCCCACUGGCGUGGACGCCCUACCGGCUCCGCCGGCCGCCGCCGUCGCGAUAGCAACCGGGUCGCCACGCGGCAGCGGUGGUGCCGCCGCCGCAAUGCUGGCAAUGUCUGAGAUUGAGCCCAUGGGCUCAGCGGAGCUCAGCGGUGCGAGUGCCAGGCCGCUGUCGCUGUCUUCCCUGCCGACAGGCAGCCACGGUGGCGGCGGUGGUGGUGGUGGCGGUGGCGGCGGAAGUGGCGCCGCCGCUGCUGCAGGUGGUGGUGGUGGUACGCGAGGGCGACACAGCACGAUGGCGCUUGACAAGUUGCCGACGCUGCCGGAGUCGGCGCUCGGGCCGCUACUGCGGGAGCUGAACCACCUGAGGCUGCGAUUGGUGCCCGUGCGUGUCCACAUUUGGGGCGGCACGGUGAGAGGAGCGGUGGCGGCCGCGGCGGCGUUGGCGGCAGCGGAGCAGGCGGCGGCAGAGCAUCGGCGGCCAACUGAAGAUACGUCGCACAUGCACGAGCACCGGCAGGCUUCCGUACAGGCAACGCCCCACGGCCGAGUGAAAAACUCGACCACCGUGCAGGUGUACCGUUUGUUCCUGGCAGACACGGGAGCUCGGGCCCCCGCCCGGCCCGGCAACCAAUCCCAGUCACAGUCCCAAUCGCAGCCGCAGACAUACUCUCGCGCGCAGUCCGUGUCCCAGUCUCAAGGCCAAUCCCAGCCACAGUUUCUGACGCUCUCCGAAGCCAACCGGACAGACCAAGGGGACGAGACCAAAUACUCUGCAGGAGGGGGUCGCGAGCAGCGCCCUUCCGGCGGAAACGGCCCUAGCUCGUUUGGUCAUUUGGGCUCCGCACAGCCCUCUUCGCUGCCGUCGCCAGUCCUCCCGCUGCCGUCAGCACCGCCGUCAGUGCCCAGCCACCCGCAGCCCUCCCCUCCCUCUGCCCAGCAGCCGCAGCCGCAUCCAACCUCGCAGCAGCCUCCUUCACCCGUGGUGCCAUCGGCUCAACCGCAACAACUGCAACAGCCACCACCGCUGCCGUCCCCGCCUCUGUCAUCGACGGCGCCGCCGCCGCCGCUGACGUCGUCAGCGCAGCACCCGCCGCAGCCUCUUGCGGACGAGGAGCAGCCGGCGGAGCUGGUUGCUCAGUUCCUGAGCGGUUUCGCUGACCUCGCGGAUCCAGAUCUCGCUCAUCUUUGGGUCACAGAUCCCGGACGAAUGCUGCUUCAAGACCACCUGCCGGCGGACAUCGUGGAGCUGCGAGCAAGGCUGGAGGCGCAGGAGGCAUACGCGGAGGUGUUUGAUCGGGAUGGUUUCUUGUUUUAAGCGGCAUCGUACGCCGUAACAGCUUCACAGGCCUUGGGCAGCGAUGGGCACGGCACCCUUCUUUUCUGGGCCAUCUGUGUGUGCCCGGGUGCCCAUUCACGAGCAUUGCACGGACGAUUCCAGAAGGCAAUCCCCAACCAAUAAAGUGCUUCCGCGUAGGCGUUAAGGAAGGCGCUUUGGGGGCGUACAUGGCGUCGAGGAAGGGGUGCGUCAAGGUGGUGACCUGCUGUGGUAUUUGUCUGCCUGACGUGCUCGAGUGUUGGUGCGGCGGGUGACUGCGUGCGCCGUCAUGGUUGCCUUCUGGCUUGCCUCAGUGCUGCGUAACGUGGCUCGGGGGAUUAGAGGUCUUGGGGCCCGCUACAGAAGGACGGAAGUACCGGCCUGGUAUGGCGGUGUACCCGUGAUUUCCGUUCGUAUGACAGGUGCCGCUUCAUCGACAACUUGGUACUGUUGGGCUGCCGGUUUGGGCGCUUCGGAUGUUUUGGGUUUUCUUUCGGAAUACAACGUCGAAUUCAAUGGCUUUGCCGGGAGUGCCGUUGUAGGGACGCGCUCGUGCAGGCGCAUGCAUGUGCUUCUGUUCGCGUCAACAAGAAUACUAGCGGAUCAUGUUGGGGACACAGGAGCGCCUCUGCCCCCUUGUUUGCUGUUGUUUUUGGUGCCGGCUCGGGGGCCUCGCCUGAAUCUGCUGGAUGCUGAGUGCUUGAGGGAGUGACAUACUGACUUACAUCGUUUUACGGCGACCGUCUCUAAACUGUUUUACUAUCCAGUAUAGGCGAGUUGUGUCCUAUUACAUGGCUGUUUUGCGGGGCCCGGUGCUUCCGGUUGCGUCCAGUGCCUUAAGUUUGACUGAAGUACGGCACCGGGGUUAAAUGUUGCGGUAGGGUGCGAUAGGAGGCGUGCAUAUGCUGGCGGCAGCUGAUGAUCGGGGGCCGCCAUUGUGUAGGGGCCGAGGACACGGCAUGCAAGGGAUGUGCACCUGACGCCAGCCACCUCAAUGCGGGAAGAAAAAGGAAAGUAACCAACCUCGUGUCGAGUUCUGUGUCCGGGUACUACGACGGAAAGGGGCUCAUAUUGAUGAUUAAGAGGGAAGGUAUGGCUAUGGAUAAAAGGAUUAUCACUUUUCAAUGCGCUUUUCAAUGCUCCCAGCGAGUGGUUCCUUAAGCGCGCGCGUUCUUUGCUGGACCUCUUUUGCCCAUUUUGCUGGGCACCCCUAUCGUGACCUGCGGCUGCUCAAUGUCUCGAGAAGGCGAGGGGUCGCUAGGCUCGCUACCCCGCUUGACAUGCCUGCGGGGAACGUCGAAUGAGAGGGCUACGGGGAAAAUUAUAUAAUAAGUGCAAACAACUAGAGUCCCAAUCCCAUAUCCCGACUCAUGCAGGGACACUGGGAGGGUGGCUGUAUGGAGGGUGUGUGUGACGUACCCUGCAGCUCCGAGUCGUGAGAGUGAGGUGUCAACACAGGCGCCUCAUGUGCGUGCUUUGCACGGUACGAGUCGGGCUUGUGGAGUGUUGGCCCGCUAGAAAGAGCGUGGUGUUUGCAGUGUGGGGACAGCCGUCGAAAUUACGGCCGUGCUUUAGCACGGACUUGUACGGCGCAGGUUUUGUGCGAGGACUCGUGUGUGCGCAUAUGCAUUGUGCGAGCUGCCGAUUCGUUUCACGUCGACUGGACCAGACUGGGCUUACAGCGAAAAGUCUGCAUUGCCGCAAGGGGUCUGUGUUAACAGUUUGGGGGCUUUUUACAAGUCACAUAGGAACUAGAACUGGGCAAGCUGUUUGGGACUUUGUUGGUGCUUUGGCGUCCGAGUUUCUGCACGACAGGGCUGGAUCUGCUGUACAUGCUGUGAUGAAACCCUUAGUCAACAUGCCCGAACCCGAACUGUCUAUGCUGUAAUUACUGGCCUUGUCUGGGGUCAUUCCUAAGUGGUUGUGCGUUGCUUGUAUCUGUGGUGUUUGCAUAGCUUGUAUGGCUUUAUUGUCAAGGUGGGGUCCGAGGAAUGUGUGUGGAACAGAAUCGGACUAAAGCAGGAGAGGCAAGGCAGUUGCAUCAUUCUUGAGAAAGCAGCUUGUGGGGAUGCAGCCCCUCGUUGCGCCCCCACAAGUGCAGCGCGUGUCAUGUAACAACAACAAAUUUGC